UUUUCCCCCGCGGGCCUUGCUGGGCCCCCCAAGCCUCCCUGGCCAAGGGGCGGUGAGCGGCUCCCCCUGCGCCGCCGCAACGGUGCCGAGCCGCCCCUCACCGAUGGCCACCAGCCCCCGGGACCCCCGACCGCGGCCGUGCUGAGCCCGGGCCCCAUCCAGACUCGGGGCUCCUCCCGCCGGGGACCGGGGAUGGCAGGCCAGUUCCGCAGCUACGUGUGGGACCCCGUCCUCAUCGUCUCUCAGAUAGUCCUCAUGCAGACCAUCUACUACGGCUCCCUGGGGCUCUGGCUGGCGCUGGUGGACAGCCUCGUGCAGAGCAGCCCCUCUCUGGAUCAGAUGUUCAACUACGAGAUCCUCGGCUUCUCUACCCCUCCUGGUCGACUGUCCAUGAUGGCCUUCGUGCUGAACGCCCUGACCUGUGCCCUGGGCUUGCUGUACUUCAUCCGGCGGGGAAAGCAGUGCCUGGACUUCACGGUCACCGUGCACGUCUUCCACUUGCUGGGCUGCUGGAUGUACAGCUCCCGUUUCCCCUCCACCCUCACCUGGUGGCUCGUCCACGCCGUGUGCAUCGCGCUAAUGGCCGUCAUCGGGGAAUACCUCUGCAUGCGGACGGAGCUCAAAGAGAUCCCCCUCAACUCGGCCCCCAAAUCCAACGUCUGA